UGCUACGAAACGGGAAGGCGGUCUGAUUUGUAAACCCCGACACGCUGCAGGAGGAGCGCUAGGCACAGGCCAGAGCUAGCCGCAGUUCUGCCCAUCCCCGGGCCCAGGGACCGCACUGGGAGCUCGCCGACCACGCGCUGCCAGGAAGGCUGCUCCCUCCACGCCGAGCGCGCUCCUACGCCCGUGGUCAGGGCGCGGCUGUCCGUUCGCAGCCCGCCGAGAGCCCGGCGACCGUCACCCGGGGAGGCCAGCACAGCGCCCUCCGCCCAGGGGAGAGGUCACCUGCCACCGCUCCGCAAUAGUUCCCUGCCUCGCGGGGACACCGUCCUCGAAGGGAACGGAACGACAGGCUCACCGGGAGCUCCUCCCCCCUCCUCAGCACUCGCUUCGUUCGCUGACUCUUCUGCGCGUGCGCUUCCCCUGUCUGGCGGCCGUUAGAACUUCGUUUUCAAAACCCAUCGCCGCGCCGCUCCGCUCUCCCUGCCCAGAACUACAAAUCCCGUGUUGCGGGCUAGCCGCGGGUUCAGUGGGCAUGCGCCGGAGGCUCUGCGUGUCGUGCGUACGAGGGGGGCGCGUCGUUGCGUAGGCCCCCGUUCUAGAACGUUGCUGUGGUAGCGCCCGGGCGCCAUGUUAGGAGGAGGCCGGAGGGGAAGAGGAAGGAGAAGCGGCGGCGGCAGCGGCUAGGCCCAGCGAACAGCUCCCUCCUCCCUCUAGGGCCCGACUCCGGCCCAUAUCAUGCUCACGGCUUCCGCUUCGCGGCGGAACGAGUGACCGGUCCGGAGGCGGCAGCGGGGGAGGAGGAGGGGGACGAAGAAGAGGCGGCGGCAGCGGGGGAGCCGGAGAAACGAUGCCGUUUCCAGUUACAACCCAGGGAUCACAACAAACACAGCAGCUACAGAAGCAUUAUGGCAUUACCUCACCUAUCAGUUUGGCUGCCCCCAAGGAGAUUGACUGUCUACUUACCCAGAAAUUAAUUGAUACCCUAAAGCCCUUCGGUGUGUUUGAAGAAGAAGAGGAACUGCAGCGCAGGAUUCUAAUUUUGGGGAAGUUAAAUAAUCUGGUAAAAGAAUGGAUACAGGAAAUCAGUGAAAUCAAGAAUCUUCCACAAUCCGUAAUAGAAAAUGUUGGAGGAAAAAUUUUUACGUUUGGAUCCUACCGACUAGGGGUGCACACAAAAGGAGCUGAUAUUGAUGCAUUAUGUGUUGCACCAAGGCAUGUUGACAGGAGUGACUUUUUCACCUCAUUUUAUGAAAAACUGAAACUACAGGAAGAAGUAAAAGACUUAAGGGCUGUUGAAGAGGCAUUUGUCCCAGUUAUCAAACUGUGUUUUGAUGGGAUAGAGAUUGAUAUUUUGUUUGCAAGAUUAGCACUGCAAACUAUUCCUGAGGAUUUGGACCUUCGAGAUGAUAGCCUACUUAAAAAUUUAGACAUUAGAUGCAUACGAAGUCUUAACGGUUGCAGGGUAACCGAUGAAAUUUUACAUCUAGUACCAAACAUCGACAACUUCAGGUUAACACUGAGAGCUAUCAAACUGUGGGCAAAACGCCACAACAUCUAUUCCAAUAUACUAGGUUUCCUUGGUGGUGUUUCCUGGGCUAUGUUAGUAGCAAGAACUUGCCAGCUUUAUCCAAAUGCAAUAGCAUCAACUCUUGUACAUAAAUUUUUCUUGGUAUUUUCUAAAUGGGAAUGGCCAAAUCCAGUGCUAUUGAAACAGCCAGAAGAAUGCAAUCUUAAUUUGCCUGUAUGGGACCCAAGGGUAAAUCCCAGUGAUAGGUACCAUCUUAUGCCUAUAAUUACACCAGCAUACCCACAGCAGAACUCUACCUACAAUGUGUCCGUUUCUACACGGAUGGUCAUGGUUGAGGAGUUUAAACAAGGUCUUGCUAUCACAGAUGAAAUUUUGCUGAGUAAGGCAGAGUGGUCCAAACUUUUUGAAGCUCCAAACUUCUUUCAAAAGUACAAGCAUUACAUUGUACUUCUAGCAAGUGCACCAACAGAAAAACAGCGACUAGAAUGGGUGGGCUUGGUGGAGUCAAAAAUCCGAAUUCUAGUUGGAAGCUUGGAAAAGAAUGAGUUCAUUACACUGGCUCACGUGAAUCCUCAGUCAUUCCCAGCACCCAAGGAGAAUCCUGACAAGGAAGAAUUUCGUACAAUGUGGGUGAUUGGUUUAGUGUUUAAGAAGACAGAAAAUUCUGAAAAUCUGAGUGUUGAUCUUACAUACGACAUCCAGUCUUUCACUGACACAGUUUAUAGGCAAGCAAUAAACAGCAAGAUGUUUGAGAUCGAUAUGAAAAUUGCUGCAAUGCAUGUAAAACGAAAGCAACUUCAUCAACUGCUACCUAAUCAUGUGCUUCAGAAAAAGAAAAAGCAUUCAACAGAAGGGGUCAGACUGACAGUCCUGAAUGACAGCAGCUUAGACUUAUCUAUGGACAGUGAUAACAGCACGUCUGUGCCUUCUCCUACUAGUGCUAUGAAGACAAGUCCAUUGAAUAGUUCUGGAAGCUCUCAGGGCAGAAGCAGUCCUGCUCCAACUGUAACAGCAGCAUCUGUGAUCAACAUACAGGCUUCUGAAGUUACUGUGCCACCAACCAUUUCCAGUGAAAGCUCAGGGGGUACUUCAAGUGAAAGCAUUCCUCAAACAGCCACACAGCCAGCCAUUUCUCCACCACCAAAGCCUACCAUCUCUAGAGUUGUUUCCUCAACACGUCUGGCAAACCAAUCACCAAGACCAUCAGGGAACACAGCAACAAAAAUACCUAGCCCUGUCAUAGGGGUGAAGAGGACAUCUUCCCCUCAUAAAGAAGAGUCUCCUAAGAAAAUAAAAACAGAAGAGGAUGAAAUAAAUGAAGAUGCUAGUUGUCUUGAAAUGGGUGAUCAUGAUAAAAUGGAAACUAAGGAACAACUCGACGCAGAAGUAAAUAUUUCUUCUCAAACAGAAACUGUUCAGACAAUGGCAUCUCUGCAAGCUCCUCAGAAAACACCUAGUACAGACCUUUCAGAUAUCCCUGCUCUCCCUGCAAAUCCUAUUCCUGUUAUCAAGAAUUCAAUAAAACUGAGAUUGAAUCGGUAAAAACAACCUCAGGGGUCCAUAAACAAUAUCUGCCAACUCAACCUGUUGUCUUCUAAUGCUAAAAAAGGAGAAUGGAGGGUGCAAGACUAGAACAUGACUGCAAAUGGAUUUAGGUAUAUUUUGUGCACUUCCCUGACUGGGCUGUAAUCACCACCUCUUUGGAAGUCCAGGUUAGUAUGUGAAGCCAGGAGUACUUUUAAUGUGUUAGCAACAGUUGCAUUAAAUAUUUCGAAGGAUUACUGCCUUUAAAAACAAACAUGAACACUAUUUGUAGCCAUAAUUGACAUUCUGAUUGGAUUUAUGUUUGAUGCAUUGUUUGAAAAUUUUGAGCUAAAACUGGCAAAAGAAUCCCUUAAAUGCACUUUUAUGUACCUUUUUUAUUGGAGUACGACUAAUUUUAGAUAUUCAAUUGAUAUUUUCAUUUUUAUUGAAGAGAUUCUUCAGUACUAGUAAUCUGCAAAUUGGAUAACAUUCUAUGAUACACUGUGCAUUGAAGACAAAGUGUACAGUAUAUCUAGUUAAAUUACCAUCAAGCAGCAGUAAACCUUUAAAAUAAAAUGUCAAAUCUUGAGGUUACAUGACAUAUGUUGAGAAAAUAAUUGGGAAGCAUUUGGAAUUUGAUGGGACAUGAUUAAGAUGUGAUCUAUUUUUAUUUAUAUGAUUAUUUUAUGGUGCAUACAGAUCAGCGAUCAAACAGCAAAUACACUUUCCUUUGACCUAAUCAAACUCCAUACUCCCUUGCUGAUCCCCUUGCCAUAUUUCUUGGAAAAAGCUUUUGUGUUUAAUGUUUUUUGCAGCUUGUAUGCACAAAAUAGGACAACGGUCAAAAAUAAAUGCUUUUUUUUAAUGCUGUUAAAACUCAUGAUGUUAGAUAAACCCAAUACUUUGGGGCCCAAAGGCACAAACACCAAAUUUUGUCCCAUUGCUAAAACUUCAGAGUGAAUAAACUGUGCCUGUGAAGCAUAACACCUGUCUUGAUGGCCUUUUGAUCACUAAAUAUAAGAUAAUUUUUGUACACUCCAUAAAAGUCCUGUCUGCAUUAAAACAUUUCAAAUUUUAAAUAUAAAGGCAAGAAAAUAUCCCCAACGAUUUUAAUCUUUUUUUAUUUCUAGAUGGCUUAUCAAAAAUAGUAGUUUUACAUACUGAACAACACUGAAUUUUUAACAAUCAUAUUUCUAGAAAGCACUUGACAUCUAGCAAGCUCUCUUUCCUCCUCCUACUUUUUGUUCUGUAGUCCUAGCAAAAAAGGAUUAGCAGCAAAUCUUUUCUUUAAAAGAACUGAAUCUCUCAUGAUUAAGCAGCAGAACAUCAGUUUUUAGGAAACGUGAGGGAUGUUGGUGAUAACACCAGAUGUAGAUAACAAACUUUGUUAUUAUUACUUAGUCUGAAAAACUGGGAUGGUAAAAAUCAUCCUUCCCAUACUUUCCGAUUAGCAUGUUUUAUGAAUUUCCUCCUCCCAUUGUGCUCCAUCCUAUUACAUGUGCUUCUUUCAUGUUAAAAUUAAAUUACUUACACGGCUGUCCCCAUAUCCUUCUAAAUUAAUUUUCCAAAGUCAGUGUAGCUUACUUUUUUCCUUAGGCUGUGCAGUAACUGAGGUUUUUCUUUUUGCCAUUUGUCUAAGAUGUCUAGUGUACAAUAUUUCUCUUUCCCUUGCCUUGUGCAGCCUGCUGUCAUCCACCUCGAAAAAGGUUAUACUAACAAUUGAAGUGUACAAGGUGUCUGUGUAUUUUGUGUAGUUAUGGAGUUUAGAUCGAAAUUGCCAGGCACAGAUUUAGUUUUGUCAUUUUGUUUACACAUUGGGAAAUCUUUUUUUCAUUUUAUUAAACAUUUCAUGUAACUGCACCCAAGUUUUGCCAAGCUGGAAACUUGGAAUCUUUCUGUAUAGUGACUUUUUAAUUCUAGUUUUCAUAAUCUGGAGAUCAGACUGUUGCUUUCGCAUGAUGUACGUAGUGUCUCAUGACUGGAGUUUGCUUUGUUUUAUAGUAUCUGUACUCCUUGUAUUUUUCAAGAGCUAUUUUGUAAACAGAUGAUGUAUUUCUCCAUUGAAAACACAAUAAAAAACAGCACAAUCCCA